AUGACAAACACGGACUCAGAUUCGGAUGCAGAGCCGGAAAGCCCCCCGAAAAGGCCGGCGCCGCAUACACCACCAGAGAAUGCCAAGGCGGAAUAUAGCCCCCUGUCACCAUUACACUAUGCUCCGUCAACACCACCCCAAUCAUCACCACCAGCCUCACCAUCGUUUAGCCUUCACUCCUUAGGAAUGUCUCCAUUUUCCCCCAUGCGCCGUCAGUUUUCCUCUCCCCUCGCUAGAUCAUCCUCGCCCCUACACUCAUCACCGGAGGCCGAACAUUCCGACGAAGAAGAACUUGUACGAGAUAGCAAAGACGUUCUCGUCCAGCGACUAAAUGAUCUUGCUACCCAACUAAGCCGGCAAGACCAUGUAAAGGGGGACGAUGUCUACGGUCUUCAUGCCAAGGUGGAUGAGAUGGAAAAGGUCUUAUCUACGAAAGACCAUCCAUCCGGAUUGACGCCACGUCGGACACCACGGAGAUCUAGACCUACCAGUUUGAUACUUCAGAAUAGCAGAAAUGAGCUCGACCCCUUUUUAGGGCUGCCGAAACUGGGGCGAAUGGUUUCUAGCAUCCCAAACAUACCGCUGCCCAUCCAAAAGUCUUCGUCCACCCAAACGAUCGGGCGCCAGAUGUCAACAGCAACAUCAGAUCGGAUCGUUCGAGAAGCACAGACUUUGUGUAAAGAGCUAGAAGAUGUCAUCUCGAACCUGCGAGCUCGACAAGAAGAGUCGGAUGCAAGAUCACUCCUAACCACUUACACUAACCACAUUCACGAGCUGCUCAUUACACGCGCAGAACGAGCCGCGCAGAGGAUCAUUUAUCUUGAAAAGCGUAUCAAGGAACUCGAAAGGGAGCGGAAUGAAGGUGAGAUGGAAAUGCUCAACCUACAGAUUCAGCUAAAGGCCAUCGAGGUUCAAUGUCUAAGUUACGUGCCUGAAAACGCCGAUCAAGAAUUGCGAGAAAGCAUUUCCGCGUGGAGGACGGAGUGGUCUGCCUUGAAGCGGAAACGAGCAAAGAGAAAAGCAAACGCGGGGGAGGAUAUCGGAACGCAAGGAACUCCGACCAGACAGCCUAGAAACUCAUCGUCUAUGGGCUGA